UAAUUUCUUAGAAAAUCGUCAGAAACCUCAAAGUAAGCGUGCAUCUUCCCGCAAUUUGUGAAAAACGUAUAACUUUGGAAAGUUUUGAUUUACAAUCGUAACAAGAGAAAUUGGUCAGUAUGUCUGCAGAGGGUGCAUCACCCGCUAAGCGGCCCAAAACCGACACGUCCUUUGAAGGGGAUCAAAGUCAAGAUUUUGAUUCUGCAACACAGAAGUCCUUAGAAGACAUGGAUGCAUGUCAGAAUGAAAUCGAUGCUCUAAACGAACAAGCCAGUGAAGAAAUCUUAAAAGUGGAGCAGAAGUACAACAAGCUUCGGAAACCAUAUUACGAAAAACGCAACGAAAUGAUCAAGAACAUAGCCAACUUCUGGAUCAAUGCAUUCUUGAACCAUCCACAGAUCUCAGCAAUCCUAGAUGAUGAGGAAGAAGAAUGUCUGCAUUAUUUAAACAUGGUGAAUGUGGAGGAGUUCGAUGACAUCAAAUCAGGGUACAGAAUCAGCUUUAACUUUUCAAAGAAUCCUUACUUUAGCAAUGAAGUCAUAUCUAAAGAGUUUCAUUUGGAUACUAUAGGAGAUCCGGAGUCCUUUUCAACAGAAAUCAAGUGGAAGGAAGGAAUGGACUUGACCAAACGGGCACAACAGCAGGCCAGCCGGAAAAGGCGACGAGGGAACGGACGAACAUUUUUCUCUUGGUUUAAUGACAGAAGCGAUCCAUCAGCUGACGACAUAGCAGAGGUGAUUAAAGACGACAUGUGGCCGAACCCCUUACAGUAUUACCUAGCACCAGAUAUUGACAUGGAGGAAAAUGGAGUGAGUGAGGAGGAAGAGGAAGAUGAUUUAGACGACUCUGUCGUGGUGCUGGACGAGGAUGACGAUGAAGACGGUGAAGAAGUAUACGAGGUAGAAGAUGAUGAUGAUGAGGAAUUUGAGACACUGGACUCAAUAGGAGGAGAGGACGAUGACGGUGUUGAAGUCAUUGAGGACGGUGAUGAUGAAGAGGAACUAAAAACAGCAAAGACCCCCACAGACAGCUCAAGUGAUGCUCCCGUGGUGGUGAACGGUUCCAAAGAAGAGGGAGGGGGAGAAUGAGGCCCCGCCCACUUCAACAUCCGAGAAACAGUGUGUCAAACAUCCGUCAGCUGAAUUUUUUAACCUAGCGCAUUUGUACUGUUCCAUUAUUUAUUGUUGUUUGUUUGGUCUAGAUUUCAUCUUGUCUCGCAUAUAUAUAUUGUACAAUCACCCUCUGAAUUGAUCAGGUUACGUUUGUGUAAAUCACAAACUGACUAUGAACAGAAUGUCUAUUUCUCGUCUACAAUCUGGACGCUUGUCCCUAAACCAUCCAUCCAAAUAUUUCAGUACAGCUCACAAUGCAUCAUUCUCCUCACCUCUAGAAAAGCAGCAUUUGCAAUCUAACUAAGUACUCGAUAAUUUAUGUCUAUAGUUUAAUAUAGGACAGUAUAUAAUUAACAGUUACAUCCUACCCUAUGUAAGAUGAGGGGGUGUGGUCUGCGCAGGUCUAUCUGUCAUUAAACCGAGGGCUGUCUGCUCUACAUCUUGAGAGCAUACAUCAAAUUUGGUAAACUGUUUGACCAGGAUUAUUAGAAGAUGACCCCCAUUGAUGAUCAGUUCAAGGUCUUGGGGGUGGGGAGGGGAUGUGGGGGGCUAACAUGCAUAUAGGUAUUGUUGUCUGACUGGUAAUUAGGGAGCCCUUUACUCAAUGGUCAUGAAAUUUCAUAGGAGGAUUGGUCAUUACCACUGAGUGGGGGAUUCCCCGCAAUGGUGUUCGGGUCAAAGGUCAUAAUACUUUCCAGCAUUCGUACAUCAAUUGUUGUUUGACCAACAAAUGUAGAUCUCUUGAUCCCAAUUGUCAUCAAACUUCAUGGGCAGCUUAGGCAUGGCUAGGAAAUGAUCCCUAUUGAUUUUCAGGUCACAGGGCCUUUUGCUUGACCACAAAAGAACUGGAGAGCCUUUUACUAUAUAGUCACUACUAUAUGAAAAUUGAUGUAUCUGAUUGCAUCUCAGGUCAAAAGGUCACCCUGUUUUCUAAACAUGAAUUUCAAUAUGGGGGAAGGGGGCAUGUGUUUUACAAACAUACCUUGUUUAAUGGGAGUUUGAGGGCUAAGUAUUUAUUUAAACAUGGCAGCACCAUGCAAACUAAAUGUGGCAUAUAAAGCACUGUCCAUAGGUUUAUUAUUGAACAAGGAGAACUUUAUUAAUUUCGAAUUACGCUAAUGAAUAAACUGAUUGAAUAGGCUUAUUAUUGAACACAGAGAACUUGAUUAAUUUCAAAUUACACUAAUGAAUAAACUGUAUGAAUAUAAUUUAUUUUCAGCUUUUAAAUGACACAGACCUUACAAACAUUCAUACUGUAUUGUACAGUUAAGGAGGAAUAAGACACCCGAGAAAUCUGAUAGAGAUGGAAAGUGCAAGAUAUGUACAGUAUUAUUUUGAACUUGAAAACUUUCAAAUUUUCCUUAUUUAGUUUUUUAAAAAUGCUGUUUUAGUGGAGAAUUAUUUAAAAGAAAUUGAAAAUCUGGACUCGAACCCACUCUAAAGAUCAGCAGUUGACACAUUAAACUACUGAGCUACCUAACAAGGGAAUUGGGUUUGAAAGAAAUAUUCAUGUAUAUAUACAUCAUGUUUCAAUAGGAAGUCGGCCAUUGUGAUGAUGUGCUUUUCCUCCUUAACUGUAAUGAAUGGACAGAAAGUCGUAUCUAUCUUAAAUUCAAGUACAAAUCAUUUUAAAAAUUUGCUUUAAUAAACCUACAAAUUUUGUUGACAAGAAAUAGAAUUUACUUUGGACGGCCUAAAAUGAAAGCAAUUUUAGCAUGCCUUACUCUUCAAAAUUUUUUAAGUAUCCCUUUAAACAUGAUGUUUUUGUAAAUGAGUUGAUUUUUCAUAGCAGGAGUUAUUGGCCUUCUCAUAGGGACAUUGCAUCUCCAGUUUACAUUGGAAACAAAUGACUAAUUUUUUAUUAAUGAUAUAUACACAGGGUCUACGUUGUAUGAUUUAAGCGCAUUAUAAACUAUAAUGUUUCUGACAUACAGUAAAGCACGCCUAUAGCGAACACACAGAUAACAAAAUCAUGUUUAUUGCGAAGUCCAAAUUAUUCCUCAAUGAGAGAAAAAUAAAAUUAAGAAUUUAUUGGACAUAUUUUUGGUUAUAAUGAACGUUAUGUCCCUGGAAGUUCGCUAUAACCGUGUUUUACUGUAGUUUGUUGAACCAUGAAACAAUAGUUUGUGUUUUAAACAGGGCUGAAAAGUCUGGUAUAAAAUUACAGCAUUGUAUAACUACAUUGUGUAUAAACAGCAGUUACUGAAAAUAUACCACUAGGAGAACACCC